AUCUACGCCGUAAUCAGCUAUCUUGCCAUUGGUCCAAAUACCCAAGUCGCAAGCAAAACCUCCGUCAUCUCUCUUUUUACAAGGGAGAGUGAUCACGAAUCCGAAUAAAUGCAACGAUAAUACUUACUGCACACCCCGCGCGACAAUCCCCCGCAUUUGAUUGAUAGAUAGAGAAAGCGAGAGAGAGCAUUGACCUUACCUUCUUCUUUAUUCUAUUUCAUCACCAACCAUCUCUCAAACUAUCCGUUUCACUCAUUACUACGAAAGAAGCCUAUUCGAUUAUCAAUACCUCCAACCUUCCUUCCAACGAACAAAACUUAUUUAUAUCUACCAAGAUGGGUUGGAUGUGGUCAUCGCCCUCGCCGCCCCCUCCCUCAAAGGGCCCCAAUAGCAGUAGCAACAACAACAACAAUAACAACAGCAAUAAUAACGGUAACAACACAAAGGAAGAAGGCAACAAACCCACACAACCACCAAAGCCAAAGCAAGCGGACUCCGACUAUGGCGACCCAGAACUAGCCAAGUUCAUCGCCCAGAUCCAAGAAGAAUUCGGCGGAGGUGGUAAUAGCAGCAACUCCUCCUCUAAGCCAUCUCAACCAAGCUCCACCACCACCACCACCACCACCUCCUUCUCCUCCUCCAACCCCCCUCCCACAACCACAACCACCCCCCAAAGCCAACCCCCCUCCCACCUCGACCCCAUCUCCGAAUCCCUCCUCCCCACCAGCAUGUCCUGCCGCGAAGCCUUCGACGCCGCCUACCACUGCAACUCCCUCGGCGGGCAGUGGCUCUCCCUCUACCGCGCCGGCGGCAUGCGCUCGUGCUCCGAAAAGUGGGACGACUUCUGGUUCUGCAUGCGCGCGCGCGCGUACUCCGGCCCGCAGAAGACCGAGGCCAUCCGCGCCCACUACCGCGCGCGCGAGUGGGCCAAAUACCACGCCCCCGGAAAGCCGUCCAGCACUGACAUCUGGGAGGCGCGCGAGGAGCUGGUCGAGCCCGGGUCGGCGUUCACCGAGCCGCUCUACACGCCUGAUGUUCCCGAUGAGGAGUGGCGCGUGAUGGAGAUUGAGAGGCGGAGGAGGAUCCAGGAGAUGCUUAGGGAGCACCAGGAGAAGGUGUAGGCAUCGUAAGCACAGGUAUGGACGUGGCCAUGAUCAUAAUCAUGAUGGUCAUGGUGGUGGUGGUGGUGGUGGUAGAGAUUGUAUGUUUAAGCGUAACGAAUGCAGAUUGUGUAGAAAUUAUAUAUGUUUUUUAUAACUACGUAAGUACUUAUAGGUAUUGGGCAUGGAUGGAUGGACGGAUAAAUAUAAUCAAUAUAUCAAUCAAGAUGGAUGAGCAGACUUCUCUUUGUGUAUUACUUACUCGUUAAUGAUGACCUAGCUAUUUUAUCUAUAUAGGUCUGCUAUGCAGUACCUAAAGAACUUAGCUUCAAGUUCCUACGAAAA